UUGCUCCAUUAAGAUCCAGAUGUUGAUAUUUGGCAUUUAAUUUGUCCUAAUUCUCAACAAAGUAUGGCAUUAAAUAUUUAAUAUUUCUUUCAUGCGAGACGACCAGUUGUCAAGGGAGAAUCUCUUUAUUAUUUAAGUAACCACUUUUGGCUUCAUUCAUGAAUCAGAAUUGGGAGGUUCUGGCUUCUGUCUCUGAUAUUUUCGACCGUUAAUCGAAAAUUUCUGCUUUAUUUAUAAACCCAGGGUACGCUCCACAUGAUGUCCAUCUUCAACAACCCAAUCCAAUUCAAUUUAAUUUUCUGAAAAACAGCCAAAUUAUAGACUUUGCCCCCAACCCUGAGACUCCACCCCCACCCAACAAAACUUACCCAAAUAGACUUUGCCGAGUUCCACAAGUUUAAUUAAACUUGUGAUUAUUAAUUGUAUAAAGAAAGAACAAUUUAAAAAUUUUGGGUGGGGGCGGCAGAUGCAAAUGGAGGACACUUUGGUGAAGAGGGAAAAGCCCAAUUGAAAGGAAUUAAGUGAUUUUCAAUUAAUCAUUUUUUUUCCCACGGCAUUGGAGCAUGCGAAAUCUUCGGCCUUUAACACGUGGUGAAAAGUGAUUGGAAAUCGUAUUUAAAACUAUAUAUGUCUUCAAUGUCAAUCUCUCAGUUUUAUCAGUAGUCAGAGUCCUGAGUGAAAGCAGGAAAGAGAGCAAGACAAAAGAGGAACGCUCCCUCUCGUUUUCUCUCAACCUGACAACCAAUAAGUCUUUUUCUGGGUAGCCUUCUUCUAACUCUUUACCUUCUAUAUGCAUCUAUUUGCAGCAACCCUUCUUCUUUGAUCUUUGAGUAGCAGCAUAGAAAGGGUUCUCUUUUCUCUUUCUCUUUCCUUUUUGGUUUAGUGAACUUGGAAGUUAAAACUCUGUCCAGUAAUGGAAGUCAGUUUACAGUGAGGUCUCUCCCAUAUUAAAAGUGAUUGUAUUUUAUUGGUGGGAAUAAGACUUUAACAAUCCAAACCGAAUUCUUUAAAGAGGAGACGAGAGAGAUGGUGGAAAUGAUGAACAAGAUGGAAACAUCACGGUGGUGGUGGUUUGAUAGUCAUCACAACGGCUCAAAGCGCUCUCCAUGGCUUCAAUCCACUCUUUCUGAGCUGGACAAGAAGACAAAGGAAAUGCUAAAGCUGAUCGAGGAAGAUGCAGAUUCCUUUGCUCAACGUGCAGAAAUGUAUUACAAGAAACGGCCUGAGCUGAUUAGCUUGAUUGGAGAUUUCUACCGAGCCCACCGAUCACUAGCUGAGCGAUAUGAUCAAGUUAAGUCAGACCCUCGAACUCGCCUCGUUACAACAUUGGGAUCCCCUUUUUCUUCCAUGAAGUACCGCUCAGAGAAGACAAUAAAUGUGACUGAAAAAACCUAUGAUAGCUGCUCCGAGACUUUUGAUUCUGAAGACUAUGCUGAAUCUGAAGUUGAGGACCCUGAACAUGAAGUUGAACCUGAGGAAGAAGUUGAGGAUCCUGAGCCGGAAGACAAAUACGAAUUAGAUAUAGUAAUAAAAGGAGAUGUUGACAAGGAAGAUGGACCCCUACUUGACAAAGAAGUAACAGAAAAAGUUUCAAGUGAGGUUGAGGUCUGUGAUGAUGAAGUGAUGAAGUUAAAGGAAGAAGUAGAGAAACUUAAGGAAGAGAACAACAUUCAGAAGGUUCAAUUAAUGCAAAAAGAUGAAGAGAAGAGAGAGGUGAUCAGACAACUGAGUUUGGCUGUCCAAGUGCUCAAGGAUGAGAAUAUGGAGCUCAAGAAGAGUGUUGUAAAUGAAUCCUCAAGGAAAUGGAGUCCCGUUGAAUUCGGCAAAUUAAAGGGAGGACUUUGGGGGAUGUUAUUUAACGGAUCUCAGAAGUCUCGUGCUAGUAUUGUUGCUUUGUGGUUUUAGUUAGGUUACAUAACAUUCAGGCAACUAGUAGCGUCUAUAUACACAGCAUUUCAGAUUAGAAGUAGUUGUUGUACAUGGAAGGAUGUGGGGGAAUCCUCCCCUUUGAACUCAACUUAGUUAAUAUGUGUUUGAGAAAGUGAUCUGUUUUUGCUAUUCGUUUGUUCGAAUUUUAUUCUUCUUUUCCUUGACCUGACAAAAGUUCAACUUAAUGUAGUCUUUUUGCUAAUUAUAUAAGCACUUUGUACCAAAACAGAGCUCCUAUUGGUGA